CACGGCAAGCCUGUCGCUGCUAUCUUAGUAUUCCUUUGCCGCGUUGAGGCGCAACCCCUACCACCGUUAUUGAGAACACGUUCCUUUAAUUCAUUUCUCAGAAUUUGGGGUCUAAUAGAUCUUUUCCCCUUCGCAUCCCCUUCACUCAAUCCACAUCAAACGCAUCCUUUCUCUCGAUUGUUGCCACCCAAGCUCCGUCACACCGACUCCCUGGUCGAUCGUUAACCCGUUGCGAGAUAGAUACCUUUGGUGUUCAUGGCAAUCACCAUAUUACCUGGCCCAGUCUUUUUUACCAUUGAAUAGACAUUUUGUCUGGCUUGCCGUGCUCCUACCAUGCGUCUUUCUGGUGGUGCUGCCGUGGCACUAGGCUUUCUCUGCGCCUCUGCUUCUGCCUCCCUCCAUCCUCACCGAUCCUACGAGACACGCGAUUACUUCGCUUUACACCUAGACGAGUCCGCAUCUCCUGCCGAUAUCGCACAGCAACUGGGUGCUCGUCACGAAGGCCCCGUCGGCCAACUGCGGCAACACCACACCUUUUCCAUACCUAAAGAGAGCAGUGAUGAGGUCAGUACGUUGUUGGACCAGUUGCGGGAUCGCAGAAGCUUGCGGAGCCGCUCCGGGGGUUCUGCUGCAGGACUCCCAACCCUGAGCAGGAGAGGGAAAGAGCUUGACGGCAUUCUCUGGUCGGAGAAGUUGGCUCCCAAAAAGAGAUUCCAGAAACGAAUCCCGCAACCAGUAAACGUCCACCGGUCGCCCGCUGGCUCUAAGGAGGACCCGGUAGCUGUUCAGGCUCAACAGCAAAUUACGACUUCUCUGGGAAUCGCAGACCCUAUUUUCAACGGACAAUGGCAUCUCUACAAUACUGUCCAGGUUGGAAAUGAUCUGAACGUGACCGGGCUCUGGCUGGAGGGCAUCACCGGAGAAGGAGUGACUACCGCUGUGGUCGAUGAUGGAUUAGACAUGUACAGCAAUGACCUCAAACCCAACUACUUCCCCGAGGGUUCGUACGACUACAAUGACAAGGGUCCCGAACCGCGGCCGCGGCUCAGUGAUGAUCACCACGGUACCAGAUGUGCAGGGGAGAUCGCUGCGGCAAGAAACGAUGUUUGCGGCGUGGGUGUGGCGUACGACAGUCGCAUUGCGGGCAUUCGGAUCCUAUCUGCACCCAUCGACGACACCGACGAAGCAGCAGCCAUCAACUACGCUUAUCAAGAGAACGAUAUUUACUCGUGCUCUUGGGGUCCGUUCGACGAUGGUGCUACCAUGGAGGCACCUGGUGUUCUGAUCAAGCGCGCUAUGGUCAACGGCAUUCAGAACGGUCGGGGUGGGAAAGGUUCGAUCUUCGUCUUCGCGGCCGGUAACGGGGCAAACUAUGGCGACAACUGCAACUUUGAUGGUUAUACCAACAGCAUUUACAGUAUCACCGUGGGUGCGAUCGAUCGCGAGAACAAACAUCCGAGCUACUCCGAGUCGUGCUCCGCCCAGCUGGUUGUCGCUUAUAGCAGUGGCUCGGCGGAUGCGAUCCACACCACCGAUGUGGGAACGGACAAAUGCUCCUCAUCGCAUGGAGGUACGUCUGCUGCUGGCCCGUUGGCUGCUGGUACCGUCGCCCUCGCCCUCAGCGUGCGGCCCGAGCUCACCUGGCGCGAUGCCCAGUACUUGAUGGUUGAAUCAGCAGUCCCUGUCCACGAAAAUGACGGGAGCUGGCAGAACACGAAGAAUGGCAGGAAAUUCAGUCACGAUUGGGGCUUUGGCAGAGUCGACGCCUAUACGAUGGUGCAGAAAGCAAAGACUUGGGACCUAGUGAAGCCCCAAGCAUGGUUCCACUCCCCUUGGCUGCGAGUACAUCACGAGGUCCCACAGGGCGAUAAGGGGCUGACCAGCUCGUAUGAGGUGACCCGAGCGAUGAUGGAUGAGGCCAAUCUCGAACGUCUAGAGCAUGUGACUGUGACGAUGAAUGUCAAUCAUACGCGCCGUGGGGAUUUGAGCGUCGAAUUACGCAGCCCGGAAGGACUGGUUAGUCAUCUCAGUACGGCCAGAGAACCCGAUAACGAGAAGGAGGGCUACGUCGAUUGGACCUUCAUGAGUGUCGCGCACUGGGGUGAGUCUGGUGUUGGCACAUGGACGGUGAUCGUUAAGGAUACCCUUGUCAACGAGCACAGCGGGCAAUUUGUCGACUGGCGUCUCAACCUUUGGGGCGAGGCCAUUAAUGGCACCAACCAACCUUUGCACCCCAUGCCUACGGAACAUGAUGAUGACCACAGUUAUGAAGAUACCAACGUGGCUACGACGAGCAUUGAUCCUGGCCCAGCCAAGACGCAGCCCCCGACUCAACCUACUGAUGUCGUUGAUCGUCCGGUGAACGUCAAGCCCACCACAACGGCGGUGCCGACCGAAACCUCGGAUAAGGUGGUCUCUCCUACCGAGAGUAGUGUGGCUGCAUCGCCUUCUGCCGCCUCCGACAGUUUCCUGCCAUCCUUCUUCCCAACAUUUGGCGCGUCGAAGCGGACGCAGGCCUGGAUCUAUGCCGCCAUUGGCUCGAUCAUUGUCUUCUGCAUUGGACUUGGUGUCUACUUCCACGUCCAGCGCCGCAAGCGCCUUCGCAACGAUAGCCGGGACGACUAUGACUUCGAGAUGGUAGAAGAUGAGGAUGAGCUACAGGCCAUGAAUGGACGGUCGGGACGCACUCGUCGCCGUGGUGGUGAAUUGUACAAUGCUUUUGCUGGCGAGAGUGACGAAGAGCCUCUUUUCAGCGAUGAAGAUGAUGAGCCGUAUAGGGACCGGGGUAUUAGCGAAGAACAUGAUCGCGAUAGUGCCAUUGGAGGACACCAUCAGAGAGCAGCGGACGAAUAGACUUGCUGGUCACGGAUUUGUCACUUAUUCUCAUGUUGCUUGAUCUUUGGGAUGACGAGCAUUCUCAUUGGGCCUUUGCUUUUUUUUGCUUCUUGAAAACGUCCCUUGUGACUAUGUGCGUGAAAGAGAGAAGCUGUGUAUAUAAUUGAGAAGGCUAGAACCUCG